CUUGACCACAGACCACCACUAGGCCCGUAAACACCCAAUACCUCCAUCCUAGAUUCGUCGCAUUUCCCAUCUCUGCGACUCUAUCGCUACUUUUCUCAUGCAGUGUAUGGUUGAAGCGAGGCCUUAUAAGAACGAUACAAAACAAAGGCCAAGUCCUCGACCACUGAUCUUUGAGAACGUGCUGGUCGGUGCAAUCGUCCAUGCUUGGUAGGUUCAGUUUUAGUCCAGGUUGGAGUUCUUGAGGGUUCUGUGGGCCUUGUAUCUAGAAGAUUGGUCCCGGAAACCAUGUCACGACGCGAGCAUCAGUUUUACCUCCGUGUUCUCUCAAAUUUCAACUUUCUUUCUCUCUUUCUUUUCGGAAAUCUUCACAUUCACACCAUUGCUUCAACCUGAAGACAACGUACAAAUGGCUCGCUUUCCUCGUAUAUCUUUUACUCCAUUUCGAUUUCGAGGCCACGAAGACAAUCCCGACGCAAACGUUCUUGACGUCGUGGCCGAUUCUGAUUCCGAGGCGUUAAUUGGCUUUGGUCACGGGAACGUCGGCAUAUUACCAUAUAUAGUAACACUCCGACAUCCUGAUUCGUCAUCUACACUUCCAACCGGGCCGACCAAACCAACCCGCUUUUGAGUCAACGAGGUUGCCUCAACGACGAGCUCUUUGAGCUCAGCCCACAAACAUCCUCCUCUUCGCUGUUUCACAACCUCUUCUUCAUUUUCUCUCUCUUAAUUAUCUAUGUUAUGCCCCGACACGGCCAGGCGCCAUCCACGAAUAUCCGGAAUCGAUAUCGCAUUAAUAACAAAAGUCGCCUCAAGGUCAUUCGAGGAAACAUUGACACCGACCCAGUCGUAGUCGAUGAAGACGAAGAGAAGAAUCGCUUACUGCAAAGUGUGGCUGGGGUUGACCAGGACGACGCAAACGAGCACCAUUUACAAGCGGUUCUGUCUGCAGCGGCGCUGCAAAACGGCUCAACCCGGGGUUCAGGCAAGGAGAAGGAGACGGAUAAAGAUAAAGAGGAGUCUGCGCCUGCAGUUUUUAUUCCUGUUCCCGACUCGACUGGACUAGCCGACAAUCAUGAGCAGUUCUAUCCACCUAACAAGUACAAGGAUCCCUCUGGAUACUUCCAAUCAACAUACACAGUUGAGGAUUUAUUCGAUGCAUCGCUAGCCAAUGGUUUUAGCUACGUGAUGGACGAACGGGACAUGGAAUGGCUCACCAAGAAUAACGAGGAGGCUCGAGGUGAAGGUACAAGUGCGCAAGGUGCGGUUUCCGGUACAAGAGUUUCUUCGCGAAGUGCAAAAUCCAAGGGAAAAGAACCGGACUCAGUCCAACCGGUCGUCAUCACAGAGGACGAGUUUGAGUUGGUGAUGGGUUUAUACGAGAAGGUGACACAUGAGGAAACAGAAUUUCUACAUCAUAGUCUCGAAACUGGCAUGACGUUUCCCCCGUUCGCCGACUAUCAAGACACCUUUGCAUCACCACUUCCAUCUGUCACUUUCGUAUCGUUCACCCCGCCUUCUUGGUUGCCAUCCCCUGCCCAUCUUACUCAAAUAGCGAGGGCCAUCUAUCCUUAUUGGAAAGAACGCAAACUGGAGCGAGGAGGUCGUAGGAUAAUUCCAACAGUCAAUCUGGACGAAAACGACGCGUUGAAUGAGUCAUACAUUUGCUUCCGUCGACGAGACGUCAAAACUGCGAGGAAAACACGUGCUUCUCAGGUUUCGUCGUACGACAAGCUCGCCCGCCUCCAAGUCGAUUUUGCCUCUGUACUCCAUUUGGCGAACUUGGUUCUACAACGCGAACAACUGAAACGAGAGGCUGUGGCACACUCUCAACAUAUAUGGGAGGAGCGUAGAGAGCUCGUUGAGAUCAGGCUUAAACAUCCUACAGUCACCGAAAAGGGCGAUGAGGAAUUGCUCAGGGAUAAAGAACGACCAUCUAGGAGGUCCGAAGCGACACGAGUCAAGAUACCGCCGAAACACGAGUCUCAUACCGCCAGUCGACCUCUGUAUAUAUCGCCAAAGGAGCGCUACGAGAAUUAUCGAAGCAGGCUCGAACAGGCUUUGCAAAUCGCGAAGGAAGUAGAUCAACCAUGGGAAGACAUUACCGAUACUGGAUAUCUACAGCCGCCUUCAGCUUACGCUUCGCGUUUGUUCAAGUACGUCACUCCACCAGAUACGCCGAGGUCACUCUCGCCCGACCUUGGGGAUGGAACCGGCCAGAAUUCCGGUACCAGUGGUGUCCGCCAGAGACGUGCCGUUCGUUUACGCUAUGGACGGGGUGGCAGAAGGUUCAUCGACAGACGUCCAUCAUUCGUCGAUGCAACUACGUUCACCUCACAACGCAAACGGCCUCGCGAAUAUGAUGAUGGCGAGGUAGAUGAAGAACGGGACCGGCGGCUCAGAGAUCGGUGGAGAUUUGACUCGGAUGACAGUCCACCUUCCGAUCCAAAGGCUGCAGACGAGCAGGAUAGGAAACUUGUGGAUGAGUUUGACGUUAAGCAAUUGCGAUACUCGCUCAACUUGAUGCAUGAGUCAGACUACGCCCACGUCCUCAACGACCCGACGCUUACACUAACCACAUCGGAUGGACAAACGCGAACUGUCAUUCCGUUUCGACCCAGCAUACCCUCUGCUCUCCCAAUACACCAACAUAACAUCUCCCGGCCGGCGCAAAAUGUAGUCCUUGCGCCUGCUGCCCAGCCGAACACAACCACUUCAUCUUCAUCUCGACCGGGUGUUUUUAUACCUGUGUCACCAGCACAAGGAAAUCACAUUGAAACCACCAUACCGCGACCUGGAGAAAUUUCUGCAUUGACCGCUCCUUUACGAGAGGCAACCUUUCCAGACUUGCAAAGCAAACCUAUCCCCGCAUCGUCGUCUACUAUUUUAAGCCAAAGUCAGCAGCUUUCCCAAUUUUCUCAGCCGGCCGCGAAUGGUGUGGCACGCCCUGCGAUCAACGUACCGUAUGUCGUAAAGACAGAGCCGGUGGCGCCCUCAUCUGCCAGUAGUCCCUCCCCUCAACGAUCGCAUCAGCAGUCCGUGUCGGCUCAAAAUCAAGAGGGCGGUGGUGAGCAAAAGCCGACUGUUAACGGUGUGGCCCAGCCUCCUCUUGUCAAUGGCCAUGCUUCAAACCUGGACAAGAGUUCUUCUGUGAACUCGAACGUUCUGCACCUGUCUACCACGACGGAUAUGAAGCUGAAGCUUCCUCCUAUCCGGCAAACACCCAAGUCCAGUAAUUCAACAGGUGCUCGUGGUGGUAUUCCGAUUCAACGGCCUCCUUCUUCCCUUGGUGGGAACGCUAAAGUGAUCUGAGAGGUUUCGUUAUAUUUUUUGUCGAAACUCUCUUUCUUGUUCCGGGACACAUAAGUUGCAUAACUUAAAGAUUACUUACUACAUACGUACUUUGAAAUAUUUGUAAUUUUUUUGUCGACUUCUCUUGUGCCAUAUUCAUACUGACCGAACUCCCCUACUCUUCGUCGAAAAGAAUUGAUUUCCUUAUGGUAGAAGUCAACAGUAAGAUACUGUAUCAAGCAAUUGCGCAAGGAUGAUUUUUUUCCUGAUGUACAAUGUCCUGGUCAGAGACCGUCACCACCUCCAGUGCAGGACCAUGAAUGUUACUUACAGUAAUUUUAAACUGGUC